UCCUGUGAAACAACUCUUUAAGUUAUAUCCAAGAUUUCAUGGCUCAUGAUGGCUCAUAGUGUUCGCUCUUUAAAUCAACAGCUGCAUAUCUCACGAUGAUUUCCUUUGGGAUGAUUUCCCAGAACUGGAAUUGUAGAUUUUUCACAAUGUAUUUUUAGUAGAGACGGGGUUUCACCACGUUGUCCAAGGAUGGCCUCGAUCUCUUGACCUCAUGAUCCGCCCGCCUCCGCCUCCCAAAGUGCUGGGAUUACAGACGUGUGCCACUCAGCGCGGCCACAAAUCUCCCAACUUUUGCGUUAAGCGCUAAGCUUUUCUCUAGACUAGCUAUUGCGGCCGCAAGGAAUUCUGGGGAACGUAGUGCAGAUUUGCAGAGAACCAGUCUCUUGGUCCUGUGCCGUAGCAUUUCCGGCGGAAGUUGCUGGGCGAGGAAAGCCGACAAGACCUUUUUCCGCAAUCGUCGCUCACGCGCGCAACCCGGGCGACGCGUGGGUCGUGGCCCCGCCUCCCCACGCCAUUGGCCAGCAGCCCCUCGGGCACGCGUAUACUGCGCUUCCGGGCAAUCUGCGCCCCGCAUGGCCUUCUGGUAGUUGUAGUUCGACCGCGAGCGCUGCCGUCGGGAGGCUGCUCCGAGGUUCCAGGCUGUCCCCCACGACCCCGCCUUCGGCGCUCCGAUCGCAGGAUGGAUCCUGUACCCGGGACAGACUCGGCGCCGCUGGCUGGCCUGGCUUGGUCGUCGGCCUCUGCACCCCCGCCGCGGGGGUUCAGCGCGAUCUCCUGCACCGUCGAGGGGGCACCCGCCAGCUUUGGCAAGAGCUUCGCGCAGAAAUCUGGCUACUUCCUGUGCCUUAGUUCUCUGGGCAGCCUAGAGAACCCCCAGGAGAACGUGGUGGCCGAUAUCCAGAUCGUGGUGGACAAGAGCCCCCUGCCGCUGGGCUUCUCCCCGGUCUGCGACCCCAUGGAUUCCAAGGCCUCUGUGUCCAAGAAGAAACGCAUGUGUGUGAAGCUGUUGCCCCUGGGAGCUGCAGACACAGCUGUGUUUGAUGUCCGGCUGAGUGGAAAGACCAAGACAGUGCCUGGAUACCUUCGAAUAGGGGACAUGGGCGGCUUUGCCAUCUGGUGCAAGAAGGCCAAGGCCCCGAGGCCAGUGCCCAAGCCCCGAGGUCUCAGCCGGGACAUGCAGGGCCUGUCUCUGGAUGCAGCCAGCCAGCCGAGUAAGGGCGGCCUCCUGGAGCGGACACCGUCAAGGCUGGGCUCUCGGGCAUCCACUCUGCGGAGGAAUGACUCCAUCUACGAGGCCUCUAGCCUCUAUGGCAUCUCAGCCAUGGAUGGGGUUCCCUUCACACUCCACCCACGAUUUGAGGGCAAGAGCUGCAGCCCCCUGGCCUUCUCUGCUUUUGGGGACCUGACCAUCAAGUCUCUGGCGGACAUUGAGGAGGAGUAUAACUACGGCUUCGUGGUGGAGAAGACUGCGGCUGCCCGCCUGCCCCCCAGCGUCUCGUAGUCCCUCACCCGUCCGCGGGAAGAGCCCCCUUACGCCACCCCCACCCCCGGCCAGCCUGGGGCCACCCCGCCUCACUGCAUCCUGGGAACCUCCGCCCUGCAAGGCUUUGCUAUCUUCAGCCACUGGGCGGAGCUGCAGCUCUGGAGGAAGGGGCGGGUCGAGGCUGCGUGGUGAUGGGGUCUCCACCCCCAGGCCCUGCGGGGCAGGGCUGGAGCUGGACAGAAGCCAGUGCCUUUAAGUCAUUCGUGUCAAAACCCUCUGGGGUCCGGAGGCAGCGCGGGUGUCCUCCUGGCAAUAAACACUACCUGGUUCACGCCC